AGGGAGCGUCUUCGCCUUUCCCCUCCCAUCUCCCCGGAUCGGUGGACGUGCUCACCUCCGCUCUGGGCCGGGUCUAUGUCCCGGUUUCCCGCCGUCGCGGGCAGGGCGCCAAGGCGGCAGGAGGAGGGUGAGCGGUCUCGAGACCUCCAGGAAGAGCGGCCCUCGGCCGUUUCCAUCGCUGAUAGAGAAGAGAAAGGAUGCACCUCACAGGAGGGAGGAACUACUCCAACUUUUCCUAUUCAGAAACAAAGAAAAAAACUUAUUCAAGCUGUAAGGGACAAUUCAUUCCUUAUUGUUACUGGAAAUACAGGAAGUGGUAAAACAACUCAACUCCCCAAAUACCUAUAUGAAGCAGGGUUUUCACAACAUGGUAUGAUUGGUGUGACUCAGCCACGAAAAGUAGCUGCCAUAUCAGUUGCUCAGAGGGUUGCUGAAGAAAUGAAAUGCACUUUGGGAUCCAAAGUGGGAUACCAAGUUCGUUUUGAUGAUUGCAGCUCUAAGGAAACAGCAAUCAAAUACAUGACUGAUGGAUGUUUACUGAAACAUAUUCUGGGAGAUCCAAAUCUUAACAAAUUCAGUGUCAUUAUUUUGGAUGAAGCACAUGAGAGAACUCUAACUACAGAUAUCUUAUUUGGUUUAUUGAAGAAGCUAUUUCAGGAGAAGUCUCCUAAUAGGAAGGAACAUUUGAAGGUGGUGAUAAUGUCAGCGACUAUGGAAUUAGCCAAGCUCUCUGCGUUUUUUGGAAAUUGUCCAAUAUUUGAUAUACCCGGAAGGCUUUAUCCAGUCAGAGAGAAAUUCUGCAAUUUGAUUGGCCCACGAGACAGAGAAAAUACUGCGUAUAUUCAAGCGAUUGUUAAAGUGACUAUGGAUAUCCAUUUGAAUGAAAUGGCUGGAGACAUCUUGGUUUUUUUGACUGGCCAGUUUGAAAUCGAAAAGAGUUGUGAGUUACUUUUUCAGAUGGCAGAGUCUGUUGAUUAUGAUUACGAUGUUCAAGAUACCACGCUAGAUGGCUUGUUAAUAUUGCCAUGUUAUGGAUCUAUGACAACAGCAUUUUAUGACAGUACAAAGAGGUAUUCAGAUGGAGCUGAUGACAUGCUGAGUAAUGGAUAUGUGGUAGAUGGUGGCUUUGUGAAGCAAUUAAAUCACAACCCCAGAUUAGGGUUGGACAUCCUGGAGGUGGUUCCAAUUUCAAAGAGUGAGGCAUUACAACGAAGUGGCCGAGCUGGCAGGACUUCCUCAGGAAAAUGCUUCCGGAUCUAUAGUAAAGAUUUCUGGAACCAGUGUAUGCCUGACCAUGUGAUCCCUGAGAUUAAGAGAACUAGUUUGACAUCUGUAGUUCUGACCUUAAAGUGCCUUGCCAUACAUGAUGUCAUAAGGUUUCCCUAUUUGGAUCCACCUAAUGAGAGACUUAUUUUGGAAGCUCUUAAACAACUUUACCAGUGUGAUGCUAUUGACAGGAGUGGCCAUGUGACCAGACUGGGUUUGUCUAUGGUGGAGUUUCCUCUCCCUCCCCAUCUGACAUGUGCAGUAAUAAAGGCUGCCUCGCUGGAUUGUGAAGAUCUACUACUUCCAAUAGCAGCAAUGUUGUCUGUGGAAAAUGUCUUCAUUAGACCCGUUGAUCCAGAGUACCAAAAGGAAGCAGAACAGAGACAUCGAGAAUUGGCAGCUAAAGCUGGAGGAUUUAAUGACUUUGCAACAUUAGCUGUCAUCUUUGAACAAUGCAAAUCAAGUGGAGCUCCAGCUUCAUGGUGCCAAAAACAUUGGAUUCAUUGGAGGUGCUUAUUUUCUGCAUUUCGUGUGGAAGCUCAACUUCGAGAACUAAUUAGGAAGCUUAAACAGCAAAGUGAUUUCCCAAGAGAGACUUUUGAAGGCCCUAAACAUGAAGUCCUACGAAGAUGCCUUUGUGCAGGCUAUUUCAAAAAUGUAGCUCGAAGAUCUGUUGGUAGAACAUUUUGCACAAUGGAUGGCCGUGGAAGCCCAGUUCACAUUCAUCCUUCCUCAGCACUUCAUGAACAGGAAACCAAACUUGAAUGGAUCAUUUUUCAUGAAGUAUUAGUUACCACCAAAGUCUACGCAAGAAUUGUGUGUCCAAUCCGUUACGAAUGGGUGAGAGACUUGUUACCCAAGUUGCAUGAGUUUAAUGCACAUGAUUUGAGUAGUGUGGCUCGACGUGAAGUAAGAGAAGAUGCACGAAGGAAAUGGACAAAUAAGGAAAAUGUAAAGCAGCUAAAGGAUGGAAUAUCAAAAGAAGUCCUAAAGAAAAUGCAAAGAAGAAAUGAUGACAAAUCCAUAUCAGAUGCACGGGCUCGUUUCCUUGAGAGAAAGCAGCAGAGGACCCAGGACCACAGUGACACACUGAAGGAAACAGGCUAAGCAGUAAACCCUCCAAUUCAGGAAGUAGGAAGAGCAGCCAGGGAAUAUGCUUCUACUUUGCCAGUUAUGUCAGACAGCACUGCCAAGAGGAAGUGGUCAGCAGCUAUUAUUAGCCUAUGAGCUAAAAGCAAAUCAAAGCUCAUCAAUACCAAUAAAUGGAAUUUUCAAAGAAAAGAUUGGGUUGCAGUAGUCAUAGGCAAUGUUACAUGAAACCAAUGAAAGACAGUACAUGUAAUAUUUUCCUCACUUCAAUUUUGCUGGCCUUAACUGGUAUCAAACGCUGUCAUUGAGAUAUUUUCAAAGAACAGUGAAUUGUAUUUAAUCAGCGUGUAUUCCAUUUGCAUUGAAGCAUUAAAAAUUAUUUUCCUUAAAUCUCUUUAAGGCCUUCUUGUUGCUAUUAGAAUAGUGUUAUAUCAGGUAUGUGACCAUUUCCUUCAGAAGGCUGAACCUAAGAGGUUUUUACUCAGCAAUACUUAGAUGUCUGUUUAAUUGCUACAGAGCUUUAUAGAUAGAGAAAAGACUUAAUCAAUUAGUAAAUAAAAUUGCCUAUGACAGGAUUCUUUCUUGAAUUAAUAUUAAUCCUUAAAUUGAUUUUUCUGGGAUUAUACAAAUUCCUUUUUAUAUAAAGUAUAUUGUUUAAAACUGUAGCUAUAGCCAUUAACCAAAGGACAGAUGAUAUAUAUAUAUAUAUAAGUUCUUUUUAGCUAUACCUACAUACUUGUAUCAGCACCAUGUAUGUGGGUAUGACAGUGCUUUCAAAUAGCCCCUCCACCUGGCCUACUCUUUUGCCUCCAGCUGCUUGGGUAGGACCAUUUAAACAUCUAUUAUGUUGAUCUUGAGACAGGAUUUUCAAAGCAGCCAACACUACUUCAUCAGUGUUUCAAAUUGGAACCUUCAGGCUAGUUAGUAUCACACUCAGGCCACACUCAGCACUUGCCCACUCUUGUUUACUGCCUUGUAUUCUAAUUAUCUGUGUAUUUGUCUGUCUCUCUCACUAGAUUAUACGCUCCUUGUGGGCAGGGACUAUGUCUUUUUCAUCUUUGUGUCUGUCAUGGCUCCUAGCAUAGUGCUUUGCACAUAAGUCACUCGAUGUUUGUUAAAUAAAGCUAUUAGUGUCAUUAAAACUCAAAAGACAGUA